CAGAGCGUUUAUUUUUCGCCGUGUCUUACAAGUAAUAAUAAUUAAAUGUAAAAAGUGCAAUAGCUAAUUUAUUAAACUGCGCAAUUUGCAAGUGACGUACACUGUGCGUCGUACUCGUACUCGUGCUAGUGACAGUAUUGUGUGGCUGCAGCGUCGUGUGGGUGUUACUGUGUCAGUGUGAGGUGUGUGUGUUUGUGUUAGCGGGGGAUAAUAAGAGAGGGGCGAGCAACGCAGCUAGUGCGCGAGUGCGAGUGCAAAGCAGGCGCUGCGAAAAAUUAAAAGACAAAGGAAUUGAAUGUUGGCAUCGAAAAUGAUUGCAUGCUGAUUGCAUUGCCACAAACAAAAGAAAAUCGACGAGCAAGAAUUGACCAGAGUGCGUUGUCAUUAACUCGGUGCAAGUGUCUAUUUUUAACAGCAAAAAAGUCAAAUGCACAACACUGAAUGCACCAGCAGCCCCGCAUGUGUGCGUGUGUGUGAAACGAAAAUAAAACGGGAUCUAUUGACAGCGACGUUGCCACCCCGCUAAGCUAAAGCUCUUCCAGCGAGCGUGUGCUCAUGUAAAUGGGGGGAGUGCGACAACGACGUAACGACAAUUGCAACAUACCCCACGGCAACAACAACAACAGCAACUAAAUCUUCCACCACCACCAAUAGCAGCAGCAACGCCACCACCAACAAUAGCAACUGUUACAAACACAAAAUCAACAACAACAACAAGAGAGAAGCCCCGCCAACCCCCUCGCUCGUGCAAGGCAACGGGCAACCAAGCGAGGAACGCACACACACACACACACGCGCACGUACAAGGCUGCCCCUGCUCCCUGGCACAACUUCUCCACCGCCGCCACCUCCUGACAGAGUUGCAAUGGACUCGGACAUUGAAAUGGAAUUGGAAUCGGACAACGAUGGGGAAUUUGAUGACGAUUAUGAUUACUAUAAUACAGGCGAAGACUGCGAUGUCGAAAGACUCGAUCCAAAGCGUGCUGAUCCCGAGUACUUUGAAUACGACUGCCUGACCGUGGAGGACAUUGAGAAGCUGCUAAACGAGCUAGUAGAAAAGUUAAACACGAUACUGCAAAUAACCCCAUCGCUGGCCAAGGUGCUGCUGCUCGAACAUCAAUGGAACAACGCGGCGGUGGUGGAGAAGUAUCGCCAGGAUGCGAACGCGUUGCUGGUGACGGCGCGCAUCAAACCGCCAACAACUGCUGCGGACGCGGCCUCGGCCUCGACGAGUGCAGCGGCGGCACAGCUGCUGCGCAUGGGCAGCACGGGCUACAGGACAGCGACAACGUUGUCCACAGCCAGCAGCACACACACGACGUCACAGCAACAGCGCCGCAUGUGCCCGGUGUGCGCGAGCUCACAGCCGAACGACAAGUUCUAUAGCUUGGCGUGCGGGCAUUCGUUCUGCAAGGACUGCUGGACCAUUUACUUCGAGACGCAAAUCUUUCAGGGCAUUUCCAUACAGAUUGGGUGCAUGGCGCAGCAGUGUAAUGUCCGGGUGCCAGAGGAUUUGGUGCUGACGCUGGUUACGCGUCCGGUGAUGCGCGACAAGUAUCAACAGUUUGCGUUCAAGGAUUAUGUAAAGUCGCAUCCGGAGCUGCGCUUCUGCCCCGGACCCAAUUGCCAAAUCAUUGUGCAAUCAUCAGAGAUCUCCGCUAAGCGUGCCAUCUGCAAGGUCUGUCAUACGGGCUUCUGUUUCAAGUGCGGCAUGGACUACCAUGCGCCCACUGACUGCCAGAUCAUCAGGAAAUGGCUGACCAAGUGCGCCGACGACAGCGAAACGGCCAACUAUAUAAGCGCACACACCAAAGACUGCCCCAAGUGUCACAUAUGCAUCGAGAAGAACGGCGGCUGCAAUCAUAUGCAGUGCUUCAAUUGUAAGCACGACUUCUGCUGGAUGUGCCUGGGCGAUUGGAAGACGCACGGCUCCGAAUAUUAUGAAUGCUCCCGCUACAAGGACAAUCCCAAUAUUGCCAACGAAUCGGUGCACGUGCAGGCGCGCGAGGCACUCAAAAAGUAUUUGCAUUACUACGAGCGCUGGGAGAAUCAUUCCAAGUCUCUCAAAUUGGAGCAGCAGACGAUCGAUCGUCUGAGGCAGCGCAUCAAUGCGAAGGUCAUGAACGGCAGCGGCACCUGGAUCGACUGGCAGUAUCUGUUCAAUGCGGCUGCGCUGCUCGCCAAGUGUCGCUAUACGCUGCAAUACACCUAUCCCUAUGCCUACUACAUGGAGGCCGGCUCGCGAAAGAAUCUGUUCGAGUACCAGCAGGCGCAAUUGGAGGCUGAGAUCGAGAAUCUGUCGUGGAAAAUCGAGCGAGCCGAGACGACGGACAGGGCUGCGCUCGAGAAUCAAAUGGAUAUUGCUGAAAAGCGUCGCACCACACUUCUCAAAGACUUCUUUCCCGUCAUAGGAAAGACAUAGGCUCUUCCACACUCUCCAAAUUUUGGCUAAUAUUUGUUGAAAUGGAGCAGCACAAGAUUCAUUUGAAUUCGCGUGACUCGCCGCUGACAGUAUGAGAGACGCCUAUUUUAAAACAUCCAAACAUAAAUGUAGAACGUAACAACUUGUAGCUAAUUUUUAAAUGAAUAUUCAAGUGCAUAUGUAGUUAUAAUCUAGUUUUGACAUACAUAAACUACGUCUAAUUAUUAAUUAUAAUAAUAUAGUUGUGAAAUUCGAUAUCACGCAAAAAUCGAAACCAACUGCAAUACAACGCCUUGCGCCGAACAAUAGGGCAUUCAAGCCGACGAGUGCUCCCCAUAGUUUUCCAAAAACAUCUCGUAAUAUUUAAACACCGGCAAGCUCGACAACAACAAAUUAACAAAGAACAUUCAACGGUUUUACAUUCAUUUUUGUGAGAGAAUUGCAGGAAUAAAACAUGAUUAAGUCUUAAGUCAUAUUUACGUAUUCUAACUGCAAAAGCCAAACAACAACAUCAACAAUAUGGAUAAUAUUCAAGUAUUUGUAUCUGUAAUUAUAACAAAAAGAAAAAAGUCUUAAAUUCUAAACAAAUAAUACAAGGAAAUCGACCCGAUCAUCAAAACUAAGUUCCCCUUUUUCUACAUAUUGUGGAUUGGCAUAUUAAGCUGAAUUAUACAUUUUAGUUAUUAGGUUAACGCUAAGUAUGCUUAUGCGACUGAAUUUAAAUUAAUUAAAUGCAAAUUGAAACACAUUAGAGAAUCCUUUGAAUAUCAUUUUUGCAAAACGGAUUUCAAAUAU